CUAUUGACAUGGCUGGUCUGUUGACGGGACAGCACAGUUGUGAGAGUACACUCACUUGUACCACUCCCAGCCCAUCUGGCAGCAUUGAUUCAGAAAAGUCCGAGGCACGGCAGAUAGGAGGUUAUCAUGCUGAAGACGGAGACAAAGCCAACGCGUCGGGAAGCGUCCCGCAGCAGGUACCUCUAGACUUCCGUGGAAGGAGAAACACGCGAUCUAUUGGAGCGAGGAGAAGGAGACGUUAUGACAGCGAGUCUGAAGAUGAGAAUUCUCGAGCUAAAAGAAUGGCUACAAAUAGUCGAGAACGAUGGAGGCAGCAGAACGUCAACGAGGCAUUUCAAGAGCUGAGGAAGAUGGUUCCCACUUACCCACCAGACAAGAAACUUUCCAAACACGAGAUCUUGCGAAUGGCAACCAGGUACAUUGCUUUUCUGCAGCAACUACUCAAUGAUCAGCUUCAAGAACAGAAUCGCAAGGCAGCAGCAUACGGUCAGUAUGGGCCAUCACCAGCAACAUUUGCUGGUGGAUACCCACCUGAGUUUGCUGACAUGGUUCCUGGACUGCAGCCUCCUACUCCGCUACCAUCUCCAUACCAGCCGCCACCCAUGCCUUCCGUUAUGCCGUCUGUUCCUAGCCCUCACACAGGUUACGCAGACACCAACAUUCAAUCCUUUUCGACAACGCCCCAGCCCUCUGACAAGCAACUUUUAUCACCGUUACCAAACAGAGCUCCUGCUCCUCUUCACCAGCCAUCCAUUUCGUCUCAGUCAGCUCUCCUGCCUAGCCAGGGACCUGCAGAACACAGAUCAGUUCACAGAACAGCGUCCAACCUACAAUCAGGCAUGUCACCAAGAUCAUCCGGCAUUUUGACUCUAAGCCACCACCAGCCUUCCGCUGCAACGCCUAGCAGUGAAUCCUCUCUUCCAACUAAUCCCCUUGUGGUGACGUCGCCGUCCUUUUCAUCGAUAACCCACCCACCUCCACCUGCUUUGUCAGUUCACCAGACAGCCUCGACCUGCUCAUUUUCAUUUGGCCAGGAUUUGGCUGUACUCGACAGCAGACCUGGUGAUCAUAUGCCACCUCUACCCCAAACCAUCUCACUAACACCCAACGUGUGUGUUGGGCCCCCUAAGACUUCCACUUCUACUGUCACUUGGAAGCCACAUCAGCCAAACGGAUACUCAGUACUGACUGAUCAUUCUAGACCUUUUGGCAGGGUGUAUGGAUCAUGUAGUGGACCUAUGAUGCAGACAAUAGCCUAGAAUAUGACAUGUUGUGCAAUGCACCACACCAAGACUUUAGCUCUGGCAGCUUGCACAUGAAGACUGACCUUUGAAGAAACUCUGAUGAUAGCUGGCUUGUAAUACAAGGUCAUUAUAGGUACAUAUUUAAUUGUUCUCUUCAGUACUAUGUCAAGACUUGCUGUACAGUCUUUUUGGUAAGAAAAUAAAUUUAAUUCAGUCAUUAAAGUUCUUCAUGUUCAACUACAUGCGUCCGUACCGCUCUGAAUUGCGUGCAGAACAUGGA